GUCUGUCUCUGUCUCAAAAAUAAAUACACGUUGAAAAAAAAAUUUUUUUAAAGAAUCUAUCCCCAAACAUAGCAAAACCGUAAGCCGUUCAUUGCCUCAAGCCCUGUGCUGGGUGCUCGUGCAUUCCCAGUGUGCGUUUUCAGGUGAGGGAAGCAAAGGCCUGGACAGCAGAGGGGACUUGCCCAGAGGCAGGGGUCCAGCUGAGUGCAGAGCGUCCCGCACCCACGGCCCUGCCUUGGCUCUUGGGCUUCCUCCUGACAUGCACUGAUUACAAGAUUGUGUCACUUCACCUGAGAAGCCGUUUCAAAGCCCACUGGUCUCUUCUCCACAGGACGACGAAGCCCUCUGCACCCAUGUUACCACCUUUGAAGGACUGACCGACCCUCCAGCUUGUGCCACUUCCUGCUCCCACCAUGGGACCCUCGGGGAGCAUGCUCAGCAGCGGACAGAUGCAGGUUGUCCUGUGGGGCAGCUUGGCAGCUCUCGUCACUUUCUUCCUCAUCAGCUUCCUCAUCUUUCUGUGUUCCAGUUGUGACAGAGAAAAGAAGCCGAGGCAGCACAGUGGGGACCACGAGAACCUGAUGAACGUGCCUUCUGACAAGGAGAUGUUCAGCCGCUCAGUGACUAGCCUGGCCACAGAUGCACCUGCCAGCAGUGAACAGAACGGAAUAGUCACCAAUGGGGACAUUCUUUCAGAAGACAGUACUCUGACCUGCAUGCAACAUUAUGAGGAAGUCCAGACCUCAGCCUCAGAUCUGCUGGACUCCCAGGACAGCUCAGGAAAGGCGAAAUGCCAUCAGAGCCGGGAACUACCCAGAAUUCCUCCGGACAGUGCAGUGGACACGAUGCUCAACGCGAGAAGUGUGGACGGGGACCCAGGCCUGGGGACGGAAGGGCCGUACGAAGUGCUCAAGGAUAGUUCCUCCCAAGAAAAUAUGGUGGAGGACUGCUUGUAUGAAACUGUGAAAGAAAUUAAGGAGGUGGCAGCAGCCGUGAAAGGUCACAGCAGCAGGUCAAAGUCAACUUCUGCUUUGAAAGAGCUUCCAGGGCCCCAAGCCCCCCAAGCGGACUUUGCCGAGUAUGCCUCAGUGGACAGAAACAAAAAGUGUCGACAGAGUGUUAAUGCGGAGACUGUUCUUGGAAAUUCAUGCGAUCUGGAAGAGGAAGCCCCACCGCCUGUCCCCGUUAAACUUCUGGAUGAGAAUGAAAACCUUCAGGAGAAGGGAGAGAGCAAGGCAGAAGGGGAAGGAGCCACAGAGGGAGCCAGUGAAACCAACAAGAGAUUUAGUUCAUUGUCCUACAAGUCCCGGGAAGAGGACCCAACUCUCACAGAAGAAGAGAUCUCAGCCAUGUAUUCAUCAGUAAAUAAACCUGGGCAGUCAGGGAAUAAAUCAGGACAGUCUCUUAAAGCGCCAGAGUCCACCUACACGUCCAUCCAGAGCGCUGCUCAGAGAUCCCCCUCGUCCUGUAAUGAUCUCUAUGCUACUGUUAAAGACUUCGAGAAAACUCCAAACAGCGGUAGCACGCUUCCAGCAGCAGUGAGACCGAGUGAGGAGCCCGAGCCGGAUUAUGAAGCAAUACAGGCUCUAAACAGAGAGGAAGACAAGACCACCCCAGAAACCAAUGGCCACCGCGGUCUUUUCCCGAAGGAGAAUGACUAUGAGAGCAUUGGGGACCUGCAGCAGUGCAGAGACAUCACCAGGCUCUAGCAACCCAGAAGACAACCCCAGACAGACGUGCUCAGCCGCCUGGGGGGCAUUUCUCCUGUGGGAGACAAGAUACCAACCGUACGCUCUAUGCUGCUCUGGUAACCUGAAGACAGUUGAAGACGUGGAGACUUUUUAGCAGGGUCGGAAAGAACGAGGUACGUACCUGAGUGCACCCGAGUGUGUCCCUGCCGGGGGGGGGGGGGGGGGGGGGGCACUCGCACGUCCAAGCACAUCUCCUUCAUGCACCCUCGCCCUCUGGAAAGGUCCCAGCUGUCGGUGGUUUCAUCCUAUUCGUGAGGAAAGCGAAGACGUAGGGAAGAACUGCAUUCAUCGAGAACCACAACCCCUCCUGCCUGAAAUACUGCCGUUCAGAAGAGCCAGAUUUUCCUUCCAUUUUUUUUUUCUUUUCCUAAU